AGGCAAAUGAUUUGAGUUUUAAAGCAGGUGAUGUUAUUGAAGUACUUGAGAGAGGAGAUGGGCCUAAUGAUUGGUGGGUGGGUAGAUUACAUGGUGCUGUAGGUGAAUUUCCUGGUGAGUGA